AUGGGAGCGCUUCCACAUGCCGUGCCAGGGACCAACCUUGGCGCGGUGAGGAUCCUCUCAGGGGCGUCGAGGGCUCCAGGUACCCUCCCAGAGGCGAUGGGAGCCCCUGGGCCCUUCCAAGGUGCGGCAGGGACACUCCCACGGGUGGCAAGGGCCUCUGUGACACUCCCAGAAGCAUCAGGAACCCAUAGGCCGCUUAUAGAGGCGACAGAGGCCCCUGAAACCUUCCCAGGUACAGCGAGGUCUCCUGGGAUCCUCCCAGGAUCGACGUGGCCCCUGCGAACCUCCCAUUGGGUGCUGGGGACGCCAGAGACCUUCUCAGGGGCAUCCAGGGCCCCAGGCACCCUCCCACAGAUGACGGGGGCACCUGUGACCCUCCCGGGAGCGACGGGAGCCUCUGUGACCCUUGCAGGGGUAGCUGGGAUCCCAGGGACCCACCCAGAGGUGGUUGGGAGCACUGGGACCCUCCAAGCAGCGGCGAGGACCGUCCCAGAUACGGCGAAAGCCCCUGAGACUUUCCAGGUGCGGCGAAGGGGCGGCCGUGGCUCCUGGGACCCACCCAGGUGCGGUGAGAAUCCUCUCAGGGGCUUCGAGGACCCUAGGCACACUCCUAGAGGCGACUGGGGCCCAUGGGAUCCUCCCGGGAGCGGCGGGAGCCCUAGUGACCCUUGCAGGGGCAGCGGGGACCCCAGGGACUCUCCCAGUGGCGGGUGGGUUUUUCUGGGACCCUCCAAGAGGCGGCGGGGACCGUCCCAGAUGCGGUGGAAGCCCCUGGAAGCCUCCCAGGGACAUCUAGGGCCCCUGGAACAUUCCCAGGAGCUGCAUAGUCCCCAUGGAACCUCCCAAGGGCGACUGGGGCCCUGGUACCAUCUCAAGGGCUUCGCGAGCUCCAAGGACCCUCCCAAAGGAAAUGGAGACCCCUGGGACCCUUCAGUGGCUGCACUUCCAGGGGCCGUUAAUCAUACAUGGCUCCCGGCCAGGUGUGACAGGGAGCCUCCCAGACGCAGCGGGAGCCCCUGGGACCUUACCAUGUGCGGCAUUGGCCCUUGGGACACUCCCAGGUGCGUCGAAAACCCUUCAGGGAGCGGUGAGGGCCCCUGGCACACUCCCAAGGGUGGCGGCGUGUCCAGGGGUAGAUGGAGGCCCUUGGAAGACUUCCAGGUGCGUCGCGAGCCCUCCAGGGUGUGGUGGGGGUCCCUGGGACCUUCCCAGGAGUGGCGGGGAUCUCUGGGACACUUCCAUGGGCGGGUGGAGGCCCGUGAAAGUUUUACAGGGAUGGCAGUGCCAUCAGGGAACCUCCCAGGGUGUAGUGUGGACACUCCCAGGUGUAGUGGGGGCCCCUCGGACACCCCAAGAGCCACCAAGGGCUCCUGGGAACCUCCUAUAGGUGGCAUGGGCUCCGCGACCUUCCCUGCUGCCGCAGGGGCUCCUGGGAUCCUCCCAAGGUCAGCGUGGCCUCUGCAACCCUCCAAGGGGCGGCUGGGGACCCCCGGCACCCUCACAGGGGCUCCGGUGGUCCUUGGGACCCACCCAGAGGCCCUUCCAGGGACGGGAGCACUCUCAGGGGCCCUCCCAGGGACGAUGGCGCCCCCAGGAACAGCGGCGCCCCAGAGGCCCUCCCAGGAACGUAAGCGCCUCCAACGGCCCUGCAAGGGAACGGUGGCACUAUUAGGGGCUCUGGCGCCCCCAGGGGCUCUCCCUGGGACAAUGUCGCCAACAGGGGCCCUCCUAGGAAUGGCAGCGCCCUAA